UCUUUAAAUGGACACACGGCACUGCGAAAGCAAAACCCUAGAAUAGGCCCAUUCUCUCUCUCUCUCUCUCUCUCUCUCAAUUCACCCAAAAUCAUCAAACAAUACAACCCAUUUUUCGCAUUUCCACAACAAAAAAUCUCUCUUUCUCUUUCUCUUUUUUCAUGUUUUUGUUUUUCGUACUGCAGGUUUAGAUAGAAAUUAAAGAAGGCUUUCUUUGUUUUUGAUUUGUUGGCGUUGUGGGUUUUGCUUCGAUUGUGUGUUUCUUGUUUUUUUUUGGUUUUGUUUUCUCUAAUGGUGGUUGUUUCUGUGUUCUCAUGAAAUUAGGGUUUCGUCCUAAGUAAGUGUGGGAUUUUUCGCAGACUCGAACAUCUCUGUUGAGUUUUUGCUAGAAAAGGAACAGGAAUUAUGAAGACGCAAUCAUCGUAUCCGGUCCUUGACAAUCGACCGAUUGAUCAGUGGAAGGUGACAGAACUAAAAGAAGAGCUUAAGAGACGGAAAUUGGUGACAAAGGGGUUGAAAGAUGAUUUGAUAAGACGCUUGGAUGAAGCAUUGCGAAAUGAAAAUGAUUCUGCUAAGGAAGAUAUAGAUAAUGGUCUUGAUGGUACUCCCCCACCUGUGAUGGAGACUGGAGAUGCAGGGACAGUACAGGUUGUUUCUGAAACAACUGUGGACAUGAUUGAUCACGGUAAUAACAGAAAUGAGGUGGAUUGUGCAAUGGAUCAGGCUCAUGUUGAUGAUACUGCAGUGACUUUGAGUGAAGGGAAAGUUCAAGAGGAAGAAACAGGUGGUAUUGAUUCUGCUACGAACGAGGAGAUGGUAGUUCAUGCAACUUCUAAGGAAACUAGCAUGACAGUGAAUGAGAAUGUGGUAUCUGAAAUAGCUGUGAAUGUACAAGAGUCAGAGAGUGUGGUAUCUGAAGUAGCAGUGAAUGCACAGGAGUCAGAGAGUGUGGUACCUGAAGUCGCAGUGAAUAUGCAGGAGUCGCAGAGUGUGGUAUCUGAAGCAGCAGUGAAUAUGCAAGAGUCACAGAGUGUGGUAUCUGAAAUAGCAGUGGAUGUGCAAGAGUCACAGAGUGUGGUAUCUGCAAUAGCAGUGGAUGUGCAAGAGUCACAGAGUGUGGUAUCUGAAAUAGCAGUGGAUGUGCAAGAGUCACAGAGUGUGGCUUCUGAAAUAGCAGUGAAUGUGCAAGAGUCACAGAACAAUGACUCCCAGAAUGAGAGGGGAGAUUCGAAAUCCCAGAUGGAGAAUGAGGACAUAAAGCCUCAUGAGGAUGUCGGACUCAACUCUUCUGAGCCUAACAACCAGGUAUCUGAGGUCAGCACUGUUUUAGGGUUUCAAGUAAAAUCUGAUUCUAUUUCUAGUGAUUGUGUCUCAAUUAAUGAAAAAAAUGAACUAAAGGAUAAUAUAAUUGCUGAUAAUGUCAAAUUAGAACUAGAUGUUAAGCCUGAGAUGGUCCUGCCAUCAUCAAGCAAUGUUCUCCCAGUUCCAGAUGGUGGCAAACUGCAUCCAGUGGAUGUUGAAGAGCCAGUCCCAGAUGGUGGCAAACUACAUCCAAUGGAUGUUGAAGAGCCACAUUUUAACAAGGUACAAGUUGAGGAGAGAGAUGACAAGGCUGAUAAUGCAGAGAUGAGCAAGAAAAAUGAUAUUGCAGAUGUGAUUUCUUCCGAAAAGUUAAAUUUGGACCGAAGUUCUGGUGAUGAUUCCAUGGAGGAUGAUGCAUUGGAGAGUAAACAAAUAGAUUCCAAGUAUAAUUUGGAUGAAGUGGGUGAUAGGAGUGAGAAAAUUGAAGUGACUAUGGCAAAGGAGGAAGCUCCUGUAGAUGUUAUGCAAGAUGAUAUUCAUGUGGAGAAGAAAAACAUUCAUGAUGAAAACAAGAAUGUCUCUGCUGCAACCACUGUGAAAAGAAAGAUUCAUGAUCAAGAAGUUGUUGGGAACAAUGAGACUUCCAAGAGGCAAAGGAGGUGGAAUUCUGAAAACCUUAAAGUUCCUGAACCUCAAAGCAACCUUACAUCUUCUACUACACCUAAGGAUAUGUUCCCAUUGAAGCGCAACUUCUCUAGAUCGGACUCUACAGCUAGUGACGAUGCACCUAAGGAACGUGUUGUUCCACCUUCGCCAAAGCCUCCUACCAAUUCUCUAAGAAUUGAUCGUUUUCUGCGUCCAUUCACCCUAAAAGCUGUGCAAGAACUUCUAGGAAAGACUGGUUCUGUUACCAGUUUCUGGAUGGACCACAUCAAAACCCACUGCUAUGUCACUUAUGCUUCUGUGGAAGAAGCCAUAGAAACUCGAAAUGCUGUAUACAACGUACAAUGGCCUUCUAAUGGAGGACGCCUUCUUGUGGCUGAGUUUGUCGACCCCCAGGAAGUGAAAGUGAGAGUGGAGGCUCCUCCUCCUCAGUCACCAGCAACACCUGUCAGUACCGGGCCCACCAUUCCUCCAGCUGCUCCACCCCCCUUGCAGCCCCAACCUCCUUCCCGGCAGCAGGUUCAGCGGCAGCAGCUCCCACCUCCACCUCCUCUUCCACCUCCGCCACCUCUGUCUAACCCUCCUCCGGCAAGGGAACGACUUCAACUUCCACCCCCACCUCCGCUGCCCGAGAAAGUUGAUCCUCCAAUCGUCACUCUGGAUGAUCUCUUUAGGAAGACCAAAGCGAUCCCACGUAUCUACUACUUACCGUUGUCUGACGAACAAGUUGCGGCAAAGUUAAAGUCGCAGGAAAAAGGCAUCAAGCAGUAGGGAUUAGGCUGUAACUUAAACUCAGCCUCUGCUAUUCGGAUUUUCUAAAUGGUUUCGUCAGUACGUAAUAUUAAAUGGUAAGAAAGUAUCAUAUAAAUUGCGUCUUUGCAGGUCUGCUGGUGGUGUUGCUUGUAGGGAAGAACUGUUCCCGGCAAAGAUGGUACGGAGGAGCAGGUUCAAGUUCGGUGAUGGAUUUUGGGUUUUUUCUCCAAGAGUGCUUAGGGUUGAGACUGAGUUUAAUUUAGGUUUAGAAAUGAACCCCACAAAUCGUUAUUUCUCUCUUUGUGAGUGGAUUGGAACUCAACAAUGGUCUCUGUUUUCAUCUUUUCCUAGAGGUCCUACUUUAUUGGAACUUAAAUUGCUACUUUUUAACUGAUGAGUCUUGGCAUAUGGAUCAUUAUGGAUGAUGUUGGGAAUUAUUAUUGGGCAGUGCUGUAGCUUAGAUGAUGGUUCUUAGUAUGAUGAGGAGCUAUGUCAUGUAAAAUCUCCAUUAUUGUUUUUAUCAGAGAAUAGCAUCUUCUAGUUAGAAAAACCAAA